CCCUGUUACUUUACUGGACAGGCUUUUUUUUCAGCAUCACCGGACUCUGUCAGCUCAGGCCAGACAGGAGGCUGGCCUGGGGCACUGAGACUUUGUCAGAAGGCUCUAGGUUUACUGAGCUGCAGAACGUUGAUCAUUUUGAAGAGCUUAAAACAUUGGCGGAAGAAAAGUGAAAGUUGGCGAUAGACUGCUGAGUGAAACAAUGCCUACAGCACAUCAUUCUUCUUGGAGAGUUCUUUCUAUUUUAAUUUAUUAGGCAAUGUGAACAACAUCUCAUUGGAACCCUCCUAUCUGGACUUCUCCAUUAUUCCAAUCUUCGGACGAAACAUUUCCUGAGCUGACCCCUUGGCAAGGCUGCCCUUACCUGCUGAGCUGAAUGGAUAUUCCAAAGGCAGAGGUGACCCUCCUCACCAACAGCAUCCAGGCAUACAUGCAAAUCAAAUCAAACCCAGAAAAGGCUGCCUUAUACUUCAUCACUGGGGUGUGUUUUGGCCUGGUGCUGACUCUCUGCCUGCUGGUAAUCCGAAUAUCAUGCCAUACUCGCACAGCUGCUUCCCCGCCAGCCAAGAAAAAGGUCGAGGAAGGCAGCGAAGAGGAGGAUGAGGAGGAAGAUGAGGAGGAGGAGGAGGAGGAAGAGGAGGGAGACAGCGUGUUGCCCACGACGACUGACCUGACCCUGGCCAACCACACCCAGCCCCACACCAGCUCCAAUGUGAACGUCUUCACUUCGGCCGAGGAACUGGAGCGCGCCCAGCUGCUGGAAGAGCGGGAGCGCAUCAUCCGUGAGAUUUGGCGAAGUGGGCAGCCGGAUAUUCUGGGCAGUGGCUGCCAUCAGUUUGAAAUGGAGCUGAUGCCCAAUGGAGGUCAGAGAGAACACCGAACCUGGAGCCCGACCUCAGAGGGCAAGUACUAGGACGGGAAAGGAGAAAUUAGCCUUUCUUUCAAGUGAUGAUAAAGAGAGAAUCUUAUCAAUUAGCCAUGAAAAGCACAGAACCAAAGAUGAAUAGAUAAGAAUUUGCACCAGAUGGAUGGAAAUACCAGAAAUCAGAAAGCACAAAGAAACAAAAUAGAAGCAAAAGACUGCAAUAUAAAACUUUUUAUUUAGUCUAGAUUUGUGUUGGUACACCAUUAUUAUGUUAAAGUUACACCUGUCCAAUACAGUAUAUGGACCAGGUGAUUCCUUUGAUGGGGAAAGAAGCCAAUCAUUCACCCAGGAAAACUUAAUCUGAUCAGAAACAUUCAGGUAUUGACAACCCAACUCUUGUCAAAGAGGCAAUGACACGAUUACAUGCCCUCUUAAAUUUGUCGGAUUUAACUGUUGCUAUAAGAGUAGCCACUGAAACCAGGGAGCAAGUAACUCAACUCCCCAAUUCCACUUAGACUGUGACCAAAUCAAACUUUAUAUCCUGUAGUUUUUGUAUAUUCAAAACCAGUAUUUUCUGGUGAGCUCGUGAAUGCUUGAUAUUUUAAAGUGUCUAACUAAUGCAACGAUCUGGACCCAUUUCCAGAGCCUCAUUGCAUAUGGUGCUUGGACUCUUUCAGAAAUGCACUAGUAGAAAAAUGGUACUGGCAUUACCCAGAAUGGGACCAAGGUGUUACAUGUUGCUUACCUGUAUAGUCCAAUGUGUUCAAUGUUGACUUUUCAAACAUAUCUUGUCUGUAUGGUCAGAGACAUAUCUGACAAAUCUGUAUGGACAGAUUGUUACAUGUGAUUUGUUUAAACCAAUGCAUUGCAUGUAAGUUGUUUUAUGUGACUGAGAAGUACCUUAUUGUUGUUUGUUUUAAUAAUGCAAAGGAUAUUUGUGACUGAGGCAAGCAGCUAGAAUUGAAAUUUUAUAACAAUGUAAUACAGUUCUUACUCAUAAUAUUGAUAAUAUUGAUAGUGAAAAUAAAUCCUAUUCAAAACA